AUGGGUAUUAAGGGACCCUGUUCCUUUCUUUGGCCGACCGGAUGCCUUACAGUGACCGGUGACCACAAAGGAAAAGGGAACAGGAAAAAUGGACGGAAGAUAUUAUCACUCUCUCUCUCCCUCUUUCUCUCUCUCUUUCUCUCUCUCUUUCUCCCCCUCUCCUUCUCUCUUUCUCUCUCUCACUCUCUCUCUCUCCCUCUUUCUCUCUCUCCCCCUCUCCUUCUCUCUUUCUCUCUCUCACUCUCUCUCUCCCUCUUUCUCUCUCUUUCUCCCCCUCUCCUUCUCUCUUUCUCUCUCUCUCUCUUUCCGCGGAUAUCUGUUUAUCUCAGUCCAUUAAUAUCUAUCUAUCUAUCUAUCUAUAUAUCUAUCUCAGUCCGUUCGUAUCUAUUUAUUUAUCUAUCUAUCUGCACAACCUCCGCGGAUAUCUGUUUAUCUCAGUCCAUUAAUAUCUAUCUAUCUAUCUAUCUAUCUAUCUAUCUCAGUCCGUUCGUAUCUAUUUAUUUAUCUAUCUAUCUGCACAACCUUUGGAUACAAUUCGCCGCCGGAAAAUUGCCGCUCAAGAAAUUUCUUGCAUCUAUCUCACUCUUUUCAUAUCUAUCUAUCUAUCUAUCUAUCUAUCUAUCUAUAUCUAUCUAUAUCUAUAUAUAUAUAUAUAUAUAUAUAUAUAUAUAUAUAUAUCAGUCUGUUCAUAUCUAUCUAUCCCAUUUCUAUCUAUCUAUCUAUCUAUCUAUCUAUCUAUCUAUCUACGUCUCUAGAGCAACUAUCUAUCAUUAA